AUGGCUGAUGUGGGCGAUGUGUUGAUGUCGGUACUGUCCUCUAUCCGGGUCCCGAAGUCUGGAGACCGAGUCCACAAAGACGAAUGCGCCUUGUCAUUUGCCUCACCGGAAAAUGAAGGGGGCUUGUUUGUUUGUAUGAACACCUUCUUAGGCUUUGGCAGUCAGUAUGUGGACAGACACUAUGCACGAACUGGACAGAGAGCUUACCUGCACAUAACCAGGACCCGCAAGCCCAAGAGCGAAGAUGACAGUAACUCUGCUGCUGGACAUCCACCAAAGAAAAAGCCCACCAGACUAGCCAUUGGGAUUGAAGGGGGAUUUGACGUUGACCAAGACCAAUAUGAAGAGGACAUAAAAGUGGUGAUCUUACCCGACCGACAAGAAGUAACGUCCGAUGACCUUACAACUAUGUCUGAGGUUGUGAAGGAACGAGUCUCUCGGUCAAUGGCUGGCAUCAUGGCGGCCGACUCUGUGUCUCAUGCGUUACAAGUACAGCAGUGGGAUGGAGAAGUCAGACAAGAGUCAAAACAUGUGGAAGGGAGGCAGGGGGAGGAGUAG